UGGUUUGGGCCGUUCAACUCACUGAAGUUAUCAAUGAAAGAAAAACGUAGAGCAAAGCCCAACAAAGUUACAAGUUCCUUCACAGUUAGACCACCCACAACACACUCGAUUGCCUUCAUAGAGUCAUAGACUGCAAUCGAGUUUACACCCACAUACAUAUACAUUAUUCAUAUGCAUUUUUUCCCAUUAGAUGUUUUGUACUCUGCAGUUGUUUUGCUUCUUGUUUUUCUAUUCAGCUUGGAUUUUAAUUUUACUAAAUACACUAGCUCUUAUAUAUAUGGAUUUAUCAUAAUUGGUUUAAAAGAGAGCAAUUCAAACUUCAAUGGUGUUUUGAUCAACAAAAUUGACGGAGAAAAAAGCAAGAAAGAAAGGUUGAUUUUUUAAAAUGCGAUUAUUUUCGGACUGUGUUUUGUGAAUUCGACUUCAAAAUUUUGUUAGGGUUUUACAUUAUAUACACACAACAUAUUUGUGUGUAGAGAGAGAGAGAAGAAGAAUAAGAAGAAGACGAAGAAGAAGAAGAGGAGGAGGAGGAGAAGCAGGAGGAGAUGGAUUUCCGAUGCGUGGAGUGCGGAUAUCGGAUUAAUAAGGAAUUAUUCGUGCAAUAUUCACCUGGAAACAUCCGUCUCAUGAAAUGUGACAAUUGCAGAGCAGUUGCUGAUGAGUACAUUGAAUGCGAAAUCAUGAUUCUUCUAAUUGAUUUGAUUCUGCACAAGCCAAAAGCAUAUAGACAUCUACUCUAUAAUAUGAUCCAUCUACAAGCGGCAAAUCUUGAGUGCUUGUUCUGGAAAUUGGCUCUGGGUUUUCUUCUUCUGGAUGCUUACAGGAUUCUGCUCUUAAAUAGGAGUGAAGAGGAAUGGGGGUUAUCCGUAAGCCUUCCUUCUUUAGUUUCAAGAUGUGGAAAGAUGUUGAUGGAUCUCUUAUUUGGAAAUUUCGUCUUCCUUUGUACGUUACUGCUCAUGACGAGAUUUUUUCUGGAUGAAUCUGCUGGAGUCUCUCGGUACAAGGACAUUUUGUUUACAAUAUUCAUUUCAAGUUACUUCAAGAUCUUUCUUAUUGCCAUGAUGGUGUGGGAGUUUCCGCUUUCAGUGCUUUUCAUCAUUGAUAUGUUUGUUCUGUCAUCAAACACAGUGGCUUUGAAAGUUUAAUAUGCGAUGAAGGCCUUCGGCUGUUUAUCCUCCUAAAGUUUUCACAAAUGGCAACUGGCUUUGUAGUUGGUAGUGGAGGGGAAAUCUACUUUUGUCACCUUUUAGAGAACUGAAAAGAUCAUACAAGUGAAUUGCAAGACCACCAAUGUUUCGAGGGCAAAAUACUGAAGAGCCAUUAUAAGCAACAUCUUUUAGCAUUUAGUUGAAAUUAAGAUAUUGUGGUUGAUGGAUAAUGACACUUCCAGACCAUGUAUAAAUAGAAGUACAAACACUUGCCUACAUAAAUUGUCCUCAUUUUAUUCUAAAUGUUAAUUGUAGGACAAUAAUUAUAAGAUGGAAAAAUAUGAAAAUUUUAAGAUACCAGCGUUACAUGAAAGAGUAAAAGAAUAUUAAUGUGUUCCUGAUUAUAUGUUAAUGUGAUGUAAAUCGGUGAUUGUGUAGGAUCCUAUGAAUGUAUGCAUAAAUUGAUUUGAUAAUGCCUAGCUCUGUUCUUUUACUGGACUGAUAUGUUUAUGUAGAACAUAGCAGAAUGAGUGGAUGUAUAUAGUUUACUGGAUAAAAUGCAUGCUUUUGUUUUUAUAAUCAACUGAUAAGCGUCAGUUU